UCGACAGUGGCAAUUUCAACGCAUUAGUAUAAGAAAUUUCGUCCAUGAACGUCGUAAUUAGCUCCCUGCUUGCUGCCAAUUGCCUCCCACUCGUCCUGCUUUCGGCUCGUCUUGCUCCCACGUCAGUUGCAGCGUCCAGUUUAGAAUGCACCGGACGCGAAGCGACAGGAAGGCAACGGAAAGCACGGAGGAGGGUGUUACACAGGAGAGAUUAGCGCAAGCGCGGGUAGCGUCACUGGCAGCAGCGGAGCCACUCGCAGCAGCGCUAAGAGAAACACUUAGCGAGGCGUCCGGUGUGAGGGAGGCGGUUAGGCAGGAGCAAGCGGUGCAGGCGGAGCUGGGGGAGGUGGUAUGUGAGGUGGGGCGGUUCCAGGAGCAGCACCAGAAGUGGGCCUCGGCUUUCAAUGAUCUCCACACCGCAAUCAAGGAGAUUGGCGACUUUGAGAAUUGGAUGAAGGUGAUGGAACGAGAUGUUGCUCUCGUUACAACCACGAUAGAAUUAGUUACACAAUCAUCAAAACCUUCAUAAUGUGCUUUUAUGAAAUGCCUCUUUUUCCAUUUGGCAGCUGGCAUAGGACGGUGAAGAGCAGGAGUGGAUAAAAACCGUUAUGAAUGUGUCAAUUGUAAUUGUCACGGGCAAUUCUUCUUGCGCAAAGCAGAGUAUACGCACAUUCAACCCAUUU